UUUAACGAGAUGCUGUGAAACACAGAACAAAAUAAAAGGGUCUGGCUGGAGAAAGACUUGAAGCACUUUCCGUCAAAACAUGAAUCGGAGUUCAUUCAGAUGUCGCUUUAUAGCCCCUGCCAACUUGGUCCUGCUCUGGGUAUCUGCUGCAAUUGAACAAGUAGCUGCUUCACUUGACAGCAACUUCAGUUUAAGCAAGCCAAUGGACCAUAUUGUGGAUCAGUGCGCACAGUAUUUUCAGGAUGGCCAGGACCUUUGCGUGACAACGAAAGCGUGCUGUCAGACUGGAGUGGAUGAAUACGGCUGGAUUGCCGCGGCUGUGGGCUGGAGUCUCUGGUUCCUCACACUCAUCCUUGUCUGCAUCAGCAAAGUAGCAAAGCUGAAGCCUGAUGAACCACGGAAAUACACUGCAGCUUGAGACUCAAGAGGCAGAGAAAAGAACCUCCCUGAGCAAGAGAGGAGGAAAGGAAGCAAUCCAUUUUAUGGGACCGGAAACAAAGCUGAUGGGACUCUUGAGUCUUCAGGGUUAGCAAGUGACCUGAAGCAAAGCAAGACUGUAUAAUAGAACUCAAUAAAGGCUUUUAGAUUAA